AUGCUCGGAAAGGUAGCUCUCGAGGAAGCCUUCGCGCUGCCCCGUUUCAAGGAGCGGACGAGGUGGUGGGCUGGCAUGUUUGCUGUCGACGCCGACAAGCACGCCAACGAGAUCAACGACAUCACCGAGACCCGGAUCAAGUAUAUGGACAAGCAUGGCGUUGGCUACACGAUCUUGUCCUACACUGCACCUGGUGUGCAAGACAUCUGGGACCCCAAGGAGGCGCAGGCCCUGGCAGUCGAGGUCAACGACUACAUUGCCGAGACGAUAAAGUCCCACCCGGACCGCUUCGGAGCUUUCGCUACUCUCUCCAUGCACGACCCCAACGAGGCCGCUGCUGAGCUGAAGCGGUGCGUGACCAAGUACGGCUUCAAGGGCGCCCUGGUCAACGACACCCAGCGCGCUGGCGCCGACGGCGACGACAUGGUCUUCUACGACGGCCCGGAGUGGGACGUCUUCUGGGCCACCGUCGUCGAGCUCGACGUCGCCUUUUACCUGCACCCGCGCAACCCCACGGGCACCAUCCACGAGAAGCUGUGGGCCAAGCGCUCGUGGCUCAUCGGCCCGCCCCUGAGCUUCGCCCAGGGCGUCAGCCUGCACCUGCUGGGCAUGGUGACCAACGGCGUCUUCGACCGCCACCCCAAGCUGCAGAUCGUCAUCGGCCACUUGGGCGAGCACAUCCCCUUUGACCUGUGGCGCAUCAACCACUGGUUCGAGGACGUCAAGAAGCCCCUGGGCCUGUCGUGCAAGAAGACGAUCCGCGAGUACUUUGCGCAGAACAUCUGGAUCACGACGAGCGGGCACUUCUCCACGCCCACGCUCGAGUACUGCAUCACCGAGAUCGGCGCCGACCGCAUCCUGUUCUCCAUCGACUACCCCUUCGAGUCGUUUGGCGACGCCUGCAACUGGUACGACGGCGUGACGCUCAAGAACAAGGAGGACGUGGCCAAGAUUGGCAAGGAGAAUGCCAAGAAGCUGUUCAAGCUUGGUGCUUUCAAGGACUCGGAGUAG